AGGUUUCUCGAUAUCAAAACAUCAAAUUUUUUCAUGAAUAUAAUGGAAACCACUAUAGAAAGAAGAGAGAAAGAAAAAAUCGUAAGACCGGACAUGAUUUACCUGAUGAUGCAGGCAAGAGACAGAAAGGACGAUUUGACCUUGUCAAUGGAAGACAUGACCGCUUAAGCCUUCGUCUUUCUCGUCGGCGGCUACAAAGGCCCGUCAUCGACGAUGUGCUAUGCCGCCCAGCUUGUCGGGUCAGAUCCUGAUGUGAAAAAAAAACUGCGAACCGAAAUCGAUGAAGUAUUGAAGAAUAAAAAACCGAACAAAGUUACCUAUGAAGAAAUAAUGGCGAUGAAGUACCUAGAUGAUGUCGUCAAUAAAACCUUGAAGAUGUUCACACCUGGAGUAUUGCUAGACAGGAUUGGUUUCAAAGGAUUCACCCUUCCACCUGCAUUGCCUGGACUCGAGCCACCGGAGAUGGAACCCUUCCAAAAUGUUUGGAUUUCACUAUAUUCUCUGCAUCAUGACCCGAAAUAUUAUCCGAACCCUCACAAAUUCGACCCGGAAAGAUUCAGCGACGAGAAUAAGGGCAAUAUCAAUCCUCUGACCUACAUGCCUUUCGGAAUAGGUCCCAGAAUUUGUAUCGCGAAUCGUUACGCCCUGAUGAUAGUGAAGCUGGCAAUAUUCCAUCUUCUCGCCAAGUGCGACGUGCUGACGUGUUCAAAGACCAGUAAGAACUUGUGGUUCAGCGCUACGAGUAUCAGCCCACGGCCGGAUGGCGGCUUCUGGUUGAAAGUCACGGCAAGAAAAUAAUUGACAAUAACAUUUGAUCAUGCGCCUUUUGAAUUCAAAAUAGAUUUUUUAUAUCACCGCUGUAUUGAAUUUUAUCAUUUUGACUUUGACACUGCGCAUCAUGAACAAUUGAUAAAAAUGUAGAUAACAAAAAUGCCAUCGAGUAUGCUUUAAAUAAUUGCAGAUUAACAGUUUCUUCUCUUUUUCGAUAUUCAACCCCGACGUAAUCAUGACUAUAGAUGUUGCGCGUGAUUCUUGGUGAUCACGUUAAAAUGAGUUUGAGGAUCGUUUCUCAUUUGUUAGGACCAUAAGCUAAUCAGGAGCAUGAGCUAUUGAUAUCGUCGUUGUGUGUAGCAAGAUCUGUUGAUAGUUCCGCCUUUGGACGUAAACAUGCGAUACGAAACUUUUUCUCUCAAGAUAGUCGAGUACAGAUAAGCUGUCGAUAAAAUUUUGUUCAAUCUCCUUAAUCAAUAACAAGUGCAAAAUAAAUCGCAUCUACUCGA